GGCCGCGGCGCGCCUGCGUCAGGAAGCAGAGGGUGCGUCAGUAAAAUUACAAUGAAUCCCGACAAUCCACAUCGGAUUUCAGGAAGAAUCAGGUUUCUAAUUGAGUGCAUCGAUUGCUUCAGGAACAGUAAACCUUUGCCAGAAGCCUUGUGUUAUGUCCCCAAAGAGGUGUUGUAUAAGUUUUGGAAAGACUCCACCUUGUCUAGUACCGUCGUUGGGCGAUCUCAGUACAUUGUUUCAAUCUGGCAGUUAGCCUCUCAGCCUCCGCGCAAGAAACUCUUCGAUAUUGAAUUAAAGAGAGGAACCUGUGUCAAAGCAACAGGAGAGGAAUACUGCAACAGCCAUGGCCUAUGGGUGAAGCUGAAUCAGGAGCAAUUACAAGAAUACAAUAACAAUUGUCAAGAAACAGAAGGCUGGAUUCUUCUAUGUAAGCAGCCUGAAGGUGGCGAACGACUUGUACCAGUGGAAACAGCUGAAAGGCUUCAUAAACAGCACCAGAUUUUUGGCUAUGAUUACAGGCCGUGUAACAGAUGGGAACAGGUGGUUGAUGCACAAUAUUCAUUCUAUUUGGGUGCAAAACCCAAGGUCGCAGACAGAGAUGAUGCUGCAAUGGAAAGGCUGAGGUAUGUUCCUCCCACUUGGACAUUUGAGUGUGACGAGGAUUUGGUGCAUUACUUCUAUGAUCGCAUAGGAAAAGAAGAUGAAAUCUUGGGCAGUGUCAAACAUCUAGUGGACAGCAUUGAUGCUUCAUCUUUCUCGGAUGAAGCCAAUGUGUGGUGUUUGACUGAUGGAGACAAUGAUACUUUCUGGGAGAGUGAGGGGAAUCAGGGCCAUCACUGGCUUCGAUUAUAUAUGAAGAAAGGCACAAUAAUAAAAAAGCUAUUCAUCUCUGUAGAUGCAUCAGAUGAUAACUACAUGCCAAAACUAAUUCACGUGUUUGGUGGUGAUAGAGAUAAUUUAAAAAAGUUGAACGAAAUCACAGUUGAUGAAACUUUAGUCGGUGAUCUCUGUAUUCUGGAAGAUAUGAUGGUUCACCUUCCUGUAAUUGAAAUCCGGAUUAUAGAAUGUGUAGAAGGAGGAAUAGAUGUCCGACUACAUGGCAUUAAGAUCAGAUCUUCGAGGGAAAGAGACCUAGGACUAAACGUUGAUAUGUUUCAAGCUGCAAACCUAGUUCGUUAUCCACGGCUUGAGGGACAUAAUCCUGACAAUCUAUAUAGAAGAGCUAUAGUAAUCCACAGAUUCCUUAAACUCCUGGACAGCCUUAUUCACUAUCUUGUUCCAGCCUGGGAUCACACAGUUGGGUCAUUUGGUCAGUUAAAGCACAUCAAGCAGUUCCUUCUGCUAUCAAAACAGCGCGGAGCUCUGAUUACACAAUGCCUCAAGGAUUCAGAGACUAACAAUCCCAAUGUCAUGCCAAAACUCUACAUCAAUCGGCGAGUUGCUAUGGAGCACCGGAAUAAUCCCUCCCUUGAUCCCUCUUGUAAGAAUGCUGUGUUCACACAGAUGUUUGAAGGUUUGAAGCCUUCGGACAAAUGCGAGAAACCCUUAGAUUACAGAUGGCCAGCGCGCUAUGACCAGUGGUGGGAAUGUAAAUUUAUCUCUGAAGGCAUAAUUGACCAAGGUGGCGGAUUCCGCGAUAGCCUCUCUGAUAUUUCUGAAGAGCUAUGCCCAAGUUCUGGGGACAGUCCAGUGCCUUUGCCCUUUUUUGUAAGGACAUCUAAUCAGGGUAACAGUACUGGAGAAGCACGAGAUGUAUAUGUUCCCAAUCCAUCCUGCAAAGAAUUUGGAAAGUAUGAAUGGAUAGGCCAGCUGAUGGGGGCUGCAUUGCGAGGACGCGAGCUUUUGGUGCUGGCUCUUCCUGGAAUGAUAUGGAAACAACUAGCAGGAGAGGAAGUGAGAUGGUCUAAAGACUUUGCUGCCGUGGACUCUGUCUUGGUGAAACUGCUGGAGGCAAUGGAGAGCAUGGACAAGGAGACAUUUGAAUUUAAAUUUGGGAAUGAUCUCACUUACACCACUGUACUUAGCGAUCACUCUGUAGUGGACCUGAAACCUGAUGGCAGCAACACCGUUGUCCAGUAUGAGGAUCGAAAGGAGUUCAUUCAACUGGUUCAAAAAGCAAAACUAGAAGAAAGCAAAGAUCAGAUUCAAGCAAUGAGAGCUGGUCUACUGAAAGUGGUUCCCCAAGCUGUACUUGACCUCCUGACCUGGCAGGAGGUCGAAAAGAGAGUCUGUGGUGAUCCUGAAAUUACAGUGGAAGCUCUCAAACGCUUAACUCGCUUUGAAGAAUUGGAGCAGUCUGAUACCAGAGUCAAGUAUUUUUGGGAAGCGCUCACAAAUUUCACAAAUGAGGAUCGCAGUCGAUUCUUAAGGUUUGUUACGGGUAGAAGCCGUCUGCCUGCUCCUAUAUUCAUCUACCCAGACAAGUUAGGCUCAGAGAAAACAGAUGCUCUCCCAGAGUCUUCCACAUGCUCCAGUACACUUUUUCUGCCAAACUAUUCCAGUGCAAAGCUUUGUGAAGAGAAGUUACGUUAUGCAGCGUACAACUGUGUGGCAAUAGACACUGAUAUGGUACCCUGGGAGGAGUAACAACCAGACAUCUACUGCAUAGAAUCAAACAGAAUGUGGUUGCUGAAAUUGAUUAUGGCCCACUAAUAGCUGCUUUAAAUUUGUGAUGUCCUUGUGUUGCUCAUUCCUUAAGAAUCAAGAAAAUGUAUCUUUUUAUUUCUGUUCCUUGCCCUUUUGAAAUUUCGAAACUGGUUGAUUCACUAAAUUCAAUCAGAAUGGUAAGUUCAGAGAUUUAUUCCAUAAGUUUUUGAAAAGUGGUGUCACCUAAUGACCUAAUGAAGUCUUCCUAUUUUGGCGAUUCUUACAACUAUAUAGAUCUAAUUUUUUUAUGAUUUGAGAAUAUUACUUUGGUUUGGACAGAGAAAAAAAUAUUCUCUGAAGUCUAGAGGCAAGCCAAGUCUUUCCACAAAAUAAAAUUGAAUAUAAUGGUUUGAAAUUUACUAAGUCUCCCAAGAGGUUGGUGAUAUUUUACUAGAAGUGAUCCUGGUCUCCAGAGACAUAAUGACACUGAUGCUUGUGAUGGACAUCUCUAACUUCAUGAUGGGAAUGGCUGAAUGUUUCCUCAAGUCUCCUAAGUGGCCAUUCCAUGCUGCCUCUGCCUUAAGCAUUUACUCCUGGUCAUGUGAGGUACUCCUCACUUUGUGCUACCCUUCUUAUCUGUGAAGCUGGACCCACAAAGGUGAAUGUAGGUGCACUGAUGAAGGGUGUGCAGGAAUCAUGUGACUAUGCUUCUUCAGUGUGCCACACCUCUGAGGACUGCAUUGCUUCCUUUGUUACCUCUCACUGCCUCCAGUGAUGCUCUGUGAGAGUUAAAAGAUUGCAGUCAGUAUGGUAUGAGACAUGUUAAUCACUGCAUUUUGCUGGUCAUUCCUUUUUCUCAAAUGGAUGAAAAGGGCUUUUAUGUAAGUCACAUAACAAACCAGCUGAAAGUGUCAUCCUAUGUAAGUCUCUCAUCUGAACGCCACAGCACUCUUGUAUGGUGAAGUAUGUAUUAAUGCUCAUAUUGUCUGCUUCUCCAAACAAGCUUGGAGCACCAUCAUAAUUGGUUGACUUACAAGUUCAUCUGAAAGGGCCUAUACUCAAGGUCAAUUUUCCAACUACAGUAGAGUCUUGAUGCUCUAAUAUUUGCCAUGUAUUUAAGAUUCACACAAAAUGCUUAUCUAUGCCUAUAGAAAGAAAGUUAUAUUACAAGAUGCAUGUUAUAAAUUACUUUGAUGUAAUGUCAACUCUCUCUCAACUUCGUCACCUUACUUCAUCCCCAAACCACUUGAUUCCCAUUGCAUCCUAUGUCUAUCAUAGUUCUGAAUGUACUCAAUGGCUGAGGAUCUGCAGUUCUCUGGAAUAGAGAAUUCCAAUGAUUCCUGUUUGAGGAAAGAGGUUUCUCCUCAUCUCAUUCCUAAAUGGCAGUUUCCUUUAUUCUACACUGUGCCUCCUAGUUCACUAUGAGGGAAAAGCAUGUCUGAAACAUGUACCCUGAAAUCCCCUAAAAGACGUUAUGUUUCUAGAAGGUGACUAUGCCAUCUUUUAAACCUUGGGAAAUAUGGGUUCAGUCCACUAAAUAUCUCACAGGAUUAUAUCCAAACCCCAGGAAUCUGUCUAAUUAACCUUCCAUAAUUGGGAUGAGUAUAACCUUCCAUGGAUAAGGAGACCAAAUGUAUACGUCAUUGUAGUAGUGAAGACAAAUGCAAAGCAGUACAUGGGUAAUAAAUGAAGAGUAACAGAUGCAAUGUUGCACUCUUUGAGGGGAAAUGUCUAUUUAAUUUUGUAAACUCUCGUCAAUAACACACUGCAGUUCAAGUAUCACACUGACUGAUAUGCUUCACACAUAACUAAUAAAUUGGCAGGAUUGCGACAAAACUAGGUCCACGUUUAGAUAGAUCCUUUUAGCUGUACACCUGCAUGUAAUUGCUUUGGGCUGUAAUGAAACAGCUGCAAAAUAUUGGAAAUUUUCUGGUACUGAAGAGAUAUUUUUCAUAUUCGGAGAGCUGGAUGGUUAAGUUUAGCUUUUAAUUUGGAUCUUUGUUUCUGUUUCAGUCACAUCAUCACAUUGCAGUUUGAUGCAGGUUGCCAGUUUUAGCAUUCUUAAAUACAGGUAUAUGGCCUACUCCUAUACUGAGAUCAUUAUUGUUUCUUAACUAUUAAUCCCAAAUCAUGAAAAACAUUAUACAAUGUGUGUCCAAAGUUUAGAAACAUUAUGUAUUAAGUGUAUUCAAAACAAUUUUGCACAUCAUCUAGAUUAUUGUUUGGGAUGGCUUGGCAGCAUGGUGAAAAAUUUGCCAAAAAAAUUUAGAAACUUUGCAUUACAGAUUGUGUUCAAGUUAACAAAGCUGAUCUGGCGCCUCAAGGAAGGACUUGUGUCUAAAGGGGCAACAAGUUGAAGAACUGUCACUGCAGUGCCCUUGUGUAAUCUGACUACAACUCCCUUUGAGAGGAUCAACCAUUCUGGGAGCACAGAAUUGAGACAUUUGUCCCUUCAUCCCCACCCCAAAAUUUUGCUAUCUUUCAGACAGACCAAUAGAUUGAGUCCUGCAAUAGCAGUCUCUGCUGUCAGGCAACUCUUUCUCACUGGAGAGUAGAUUAGACAAAGGUGGAAGUGAUGACAGUUCUGACCAAUCCUUUCUGGCAAAAUAGGCAUUGGUUAACACCUAAUACUAGUGAAAAUCUAUUGGAUAGGUAUGUGUGAUUAAAUAUGAGGUUCAAAUAAAUAAUAUUUCCUAUUUAAUAUUUUGUCGAAUCAGACUCCUAGUUUAUACCCUUCUUCUUUCUGGCUAGAUGAAAUCACUUCCAGUAGACUUGAGUAAAAUGUAUAAUUUAUGUUGAUUAAUACUGUAUUCCAAUGUUGUAAUAGCCAAGAUGUGAAAUAUUUUGUCAAUAUUAUAAGAUAA